UAUCUGCAGACUCUUUCCUCUUGACGAGCCAAGCUGCGCUAAUGAUCCAUUCCAGAAAACCAAAGAGUGUGAUCCAAAGGCUGCUGAUGUCCAAGGGAAAACUUCUCUUAUCCCCAGUUGUCUUUGCAUCAGGCAGGAAGUCAGGAGGGGUGUAUUACAAAACUGAGUGAAAAUGAAGUUCUUGAACUUUAAUUUUGGAACAGACUUGCAUGCAUUGCAGCAAUUCUGAAAUGAUCUCUGUGCUAGGUGCUGAGCCAGGGCGAGAGUUACAUAUUACUAGGGAAACUUCCCUGAGCAGAGCUGGUUCUGAGAACAUGUUCUUCUCGUUAAGAGUAGUGCUAUGCAUGCACGGGAGAGCUUUUGAUCUGCUCCUUGAAGGGGAAGAGCUGAAACGGUGCAGCUUAGCUACAGAUGGAAAUUCAGAACGAGUUUCUUACUUCAUGGAUGCUUUCUCAGACUUUCCUGCUCCAAAGGAACGCUUGGCAGGUCCAGCGCAGCUGCGAGCUGUCUUCCUGCACACAGAGCACGAGCAGAGGAAGUCGACGACAGUUGCACAAGCCGACAUGAAGGUGGAGUUGCUCCCAGCCCUCACAGACAACUACAUGUAUCUCCUCAUCGAUGAGGAGACGAAGGAGGCUGCUAUAGUUGAUCCUGUGCAGCCACAGAAGGUUUUGGAUGCAGUCAAAAAGCACGGCGUGAAGCUGACCACUGUCCUGACCACACACCAUCACUGGGACCAUGCUGGAGGAAAUGAAAAGCUCGUAAAGAUGGAGACGGGGUUGCGUGUGUAUGGAGGAGACAGCAGGGUUGGAGCGCUAACACAGAAGGUGUCACACCUUACGUCGCUCAAGGUGGGAUCUCUUAAUGUGAAAUGCCUCUGUACACCAUGUCACACUUCUGGACACAUCUGUUAUUAUGUGACUAAGCCAAAUAGCUCCGAGCCACCUGCUGUUUUUACAGGUGACACGCUGUUUGUGGCUGGCUGUGGGAAAUUCUUCGAGGGAACUCCAGAGGAAAUGUACAGAGCGCUGAUUGAGAUUUUGGGCAGCUUGGAACCUGCAACGAGAGUCUACUGUGGUCAUGAAUACACCAUCAACAAUCUCAAAUUUGCGCGACACGUUGAGCCCAAUAACGUUGCUAUCCAAGAAAAGCUUGCUUGGGCCAAGGCAAAAUACGACAGUGGUGAACCAACCAUACCCUCCACAAUUGCAGAAGAGUUUACGUACAACCCCUUCAUGCGAGUGAGGGAGAAGACAGUUCAGCAGCACGCAGGGGAGACUGACCCCAUCCGCACAAUGGGAGCCAUCAGAAGAGAGAAGGAUAACUUCCGGGUCCCGAAGGACUGAGCACUCUGCCUGAAUCACUUUAAAUGUCAGUUCAAUUGUAACUUAGACUAUUCAGAUGUUUUAGGAGUUAAGCAUUCUGUUGUGGUUAAGACAGUCAUAUUUAGGUUUUUAUUUUGUUUUAAUUAAGGAAAAAAAGCACUUUGCCCUUGUUGAGAUGUUCUACAGCAUAUUUAUAUGAUGAAGAAUAUUUAUCCCUCUAUUUCUGGAUCUCAAACUGUCACAUAUGUCACAAACGGAUCAGAUCAUUUUACAAGUGUUGGUACGUGGCCCAGAGGGUGAGGUAGAGAAGAGUCAAGUCUUGAAGCCUAAAAAAAAAGUUCCUGUUAUUUUUAUAGGAGCCCGCUGUGAAUGCGGACAGUGGGACUGGGGCCCAAGAGGUCCUCAUUUAAAAUGCAGAGGCAAAGUGCACAUAACUUAAAUUGCCAUCUGAAGAUUUAAAUUUUUCCAUGCUGCUACUUAAACUCUUCUGUCACUUUUGUCUCCACUGAAGCCACUUGCCAGUGACAGACCUGCUGUGCUGCCACCAGUUAAGGGCUUAGUUUAUUGAAUACGCUGUGUGGCCUGGCUUUAGAAACAGGAUGGUGGGUCUGUCCAGCUGUUCUGUAGGGCUUUUCUCUUCUCUGACUUUCCUACUCACAGACUGCAGUAACUUUUCCAGGCAGCAUGCUGGCUUAGAUUGCACUGUUGCUUAUACCCUUUUGCUGUUAAUUUAGCCUGUCUGCAUGUACCUGCUCACUGCUCUCAGUUGUGAUCUCUGUUACUUGUAUUAGUACCACAAGGCUGAAGAAGGAAUUCAUCUGCUCGUGCAAGAUCCUGAGAAGAAAGAACUUACCUAGUGACUAACUGCGUGUCUGACAGUUGAGUAGCACCUAGGUUACUCCAGUAGGUCCCUUGCUGCCAACAGCCAGAAGAGCUGCUUUGUGAUGACUAGCUGGAUACCGAUCCCCAGCCAAGAGAGUAGCUGCUCUGGUGAACAUGGGUAGUAACUACCUUGUGCCUCUGAGUGUGGCAGAUACCAGCAUAUAGGCCUGAAUUAAAUAAGAGCAGAUGCCGUAUGCUACUGCGAUUAACCGCUUACUCCUGCAGCCCGCUCUGGUCCAGCUUCUGUUCAAGAAAGGCCAGAGAAGUGAUGUUAUGAAUGGAGAGGUUGCCCAUAUAUUGCCAAAUUAAAUCAGGCUUAGAUCUCAGAUCCCCUGAGAAGCCAUCCUAGCAUGGCACGUUCCAAUUUUUAGGUUUGCCUGUUAGGCUUAAAAGCUCUCUGUCUUCUCAGGCUGCUGCCGUAUGACCUGAGUCUGCCGCCAUCGUGAAAACUGCAAGGAGGAAACAUCGCACAGGGCUGAUUUUCUGACUGGGAGUAGUGUGUGAAAGUGGGUGAAUGGGAUCAAAUCCGGGGGGGAAAUCCAGUUUUCAGAGAGGGGAGUGGAUUGAGUCUGAGGGGCUUAUCUUCUUGGGGUGGCUGGGGUGCUCAGUCCUGGUUGUGGAAUAAAAUGUGUUCAGGCCGAAGAGGCCUGAAGUGAGGCUAGCUUUCUGCUCUCGAUGUUUGGAAAUAUUUGCUUGCACCUGCGGGAUACAGAGCACUUGGUCUGCAGCCCAGGUGCGCCGAGAGAAUUGGCACAGGCAUUUGGCUGUGAAAUUUUUCUAGUACCUCCCCAGCCGAAACGGUAUCUCUGGAGUACAGUGAAGCAGCGCUUGUUUUGAAUGAAGCAGCAGUUAGCCCAGGCUGCCUGCUCGUGCCUUGGAGGCCGAGCCGGUAUCCAGGGAGCUUUUCAUGUUGCCAAGGAAAAGUGUCUUUCCAAAGUAACUGCCGCCUCCGAGUUCUCCAGUGUCCUGGUGCCCCGGCCUGGGUCUGUUUGGCCUGGGACACACCUCUCCUGUGCUUUCCACCCUUCAACUUGUGUCUUUAGGAAAAAAAAAAGAAAAGGAUGGAAGGCAAAAGAAACAUCAGAAGGGCUGGCAGGAGGCAGAGAACCUGCUGCAGGAACAACCUUCCUCCUCUUGUCCCUCUUGAGCAUCCGGACACCUCGUGCCUGAUCCAGUGUUGUGACAAGGGGGGGUCAGUGGCUGGUUACCAAUUUGGGCUUUUUAAAGCUAUCUGCAAGGGCUGCUGCAGCUUGCUCAGCUGCUGUGCGUCCGUGUGCUGGUACCGUGGCUUAUCCCGCCUUUCCUCUUGCGGUGCAAGAGGAAUCUCGCAAGCGAAGCCUGGUGGAAACCUGUCCCAAAAACCGUCGGGGCAGACUGGGCAACGACUGCCGCCUCGGCGCGAGGCGAGCCAGAGCGGGGAGGACACAGUCUUCAAGGGGCUCGACCUCUGCGUCUUUAAUGAAUUUUGCUCCUGAUUAUGUCUUUGUCCCUGUUUCUUGAUCUCCGUUGCAUACUGCAAUCUGCUCAAAUAUAAGGUUUUUUGGAAUAAAUGUUUCCCAGUUGAAACUAAGCAUGGAAAGAAUCGAACGACCGUGGUUCUGGCUUCUCCCCCGUCCCUAGCGCAUGGUGCAGUGGCGAGUUGGGAACCGCUGGAUUUUGUUGCGGUAGCUCGGGUCCGCUGUCUAAAGAGAGCGCAUCAGGGCGGUGGCUGCUUUAAAGGGCUGUGAGCAGAGCUUGGUGUAACGUUCUUUAUUUUGCUUUUAAAAGGUAAUUAUUUUGUAGUUCAGCAGGAAAAGUGGUACCUAAAACUUUACUGAUGCAUUAAUAAUUUGAGUGCUGUGCUGCUACAACGAAGCCUGACUUCACUGAUGUCUGUUUUGACAACUGAGGAAAUAAAUACGGCUGUAAACAGCA